GCCUAUCGGAUAACAGAAAGGCGUCUCGAAAGAAGUCCUCAACACUAGGAUGGACUGACGUGAUAGAAGCCUCCAAGUCUAUAGGCAAAAGAUCUACCUUGUACGUGAGCUUGAGGGAUUUCUGAUGAGUCCUUGGAAACAUAGGCGCUACUCUCAAACCACUAACCCGGGGCUCAAGACAAGAUGGUAGACUUUGUAAACAUCAAUGGCGCCCGUCUGGCAUACCGCAUAACUGGGCCAGAAAAUGCACCGCUCAUGAUCACGCUACAUGGCGGUCGUGGAAUGGGUGAUCACAAGUCCGACUUCAAAAUCUACAGCCAACUAAGCGAUAGGAUUCGAGUUCUUUCCUUCGAUUACCGUGGGCAUGGUCAAAGUUCUUUGACUAAGCCUUACACCUUUGAGCAAAUUGUCGACGAUAUCGAAGGGGUAAGGCAGCAUUUCGUCGCUGAUGAUCAGGUCAUCGUCUGCGGCGGUAGUUUCGGCGGGUUCCUGGCGCAACACUAUGCCAUCAAAUACGCCCCGAAGGUAUCACAUCUGAUUCUCAGAGGAACUGCAGCGUCUCAUCACCAUGAGGCCGGCGCCAUCAGAACUUUAGAGGCGAGGAUACACAAAGUUCCCAGCUUCUCCGUCGACAUGUUGAAGAACAAGGUCUUUGGUGCAUAUGAAAGCGAUCGCGAGUUUCAGAUGAUUUACUUCGCCAUGAUGCCGCUGUAUAGAGAAACGUUCGACCCCGAUGCAGCGUUGAAAAGCAACCUUGAUGGAGUUUACGUUGCCGAAUCUCACAAUGAUCUCUAUUCUGAGAAAGAGAAGUACUUUGACUAUACCGAGCAACUAUCCAAGAUCACAGCCAAGACAUUGGUAGUAGUUGGUGACAAGGAUUGGAUUUGUCCUCCAGAAAACUCCAAGUUGAUUGCUGAAAGAAUUCCCGGCGCCAAACUUCUGUUAGUUGAGGGUGCCAAUCAUGGUGUUCAUGCCGAAAAGCCAGAGGUGGUUUUGGGAGAGAUCAGAACACACUUGAAUAUCUAGUCCCAAUGAAGUCACAAGUGGUCGAAUUUGGUUUGCGUAUAAUGGCUGCGGUACACCAAUUAGAGUCUCAUGCGAAUUCCAUGCGCAGCGACAGCACGCCUUGACGGAUGGCGUCGCAUUCCUGUCUGGAACACCCUCCAUCUUGUAGACAAGAGGUUCCAUGUUACUUGGGUACGAGUACCUAUUCAUUCACAGACGCUCUUAUCAACUCUGAAUCAUACACGCGUCACCUCUUCACCGG